AUGGCAGUGACCAGGAAGAAGGGUUCAUCGAAGACAAGCAACGAUCGGGUGGUCAAGCGACCUGCGCGCGGUUUCCACAGGUUCCGCAACGGGAUCCUCAACGUCACGCCGAAAGGUGGAGAAUUGGAGCUGUUACUUCGUAGCCGCAUCUGGGAGUACGCUCUCGGCGGCUACGAGCUUCGGUCUGUGUACAUCAAGGACUCCCAGCAAAUUACCAUACAAAGAAUGGUCCCACCUUUCGCUGAGCGUAUGAACGGCACACAACUCCUCAGGACGUGUCGUCAAAUUUACACUGAAACGGCACUUCUACCGUACAGGGCAAACACUUUCAUCCUCGAAACCUUGGAUACAAUCAAACACGAGCUCAAGAAGAUGAAGCCGUUUCAACGUGCACAGAUCGAAAAGAUUCAGUUCGAAGUCAAUACCAAUCUCUUCAUGCUCGAUGCUGCUCUCGGGAAAGACAACCUUGAAGUCAUCCCCGGCCUGAAGCAUGUCCACGUGGUCGCCUUUUGCGAUUCUAGCAGAGACGCAUCAGAUGUCUCUGAACGGACGAAAUCAGUUGAGGCUGCUAUACGCAACGUACUCGAUGAAGGGCUAGCUGGUCGACAAGUGAAGAGCACUUGCGAAGUGCGAGCUGGAAAUGCCUGGUCUACGGCUACACAUAAGUGGAAAUACACAUCAGAUGAACUCGACGAUGACAGUCUCCCUAACUUCGAUCUCUUUGGCUCCGAUGUCUCUAGCUCUUCGGGAUAG